GCGGGAGGAGAUCGUGCGGCGGGAGCAGCAGAGGGAGCGGAGGAGGCAGAUCUCCCGAAUAUUACACAAGACGGCGGCAGAGAGGAGCCCCGGGGAGCGGCAGCUGCUGGAGAGCUACGCCGAGCUGGUCCGGGAGCUAGAGAGACACCGGCAGAGGAGGGAGAAGGCGCGGCCCGGGAGGAGGAGAUUGUUGACACUGAUGAAGUGCUGCUGGAGAAGGUGCUGGAACUGGCAGAUGCUUUGCGUGGUGCUAAAAACCUGGUCAUCUACACUGGAGCUGGAAUCAGCACGGCAGCUGCUAUUCCAGACUAUCGGGGACCAAGUGGUGUCUGGACUCUACUGAACAAGGGCAGAAGCGUGAGCACUGGUGAUCUAAGUGAAGCUCAGCCAACCUUCACGCACAUGUGCAUUGCCCGGCUCCACAGAGCAGGACUGGUGAAGCAUGUUGCGUCACAGAAUUGCGACGGACUUCACGUCCGCAGCGGAUUACCUCGAGAAGCCACUUCUGAAGUACAUGGAAACAUGUACAUUGAGGUUUGUACAUUGUGUUCCCCACACCGAGAGUAUGUGAGGUUGUUUGACGUGACGGAACGCACUGCUCUUCACAAACACAACACUGGACGUAAUUGUCACAAGUGUGGAGGAGAACUGAGAGACUCUAUUGUGCACUUUGGAGAGCGAGGGAAGCUGGCACAGCCGCUGAACUGGGCAGGAGCCGUGAAAGCCGCUGAAAAGGCCGAUGUCAUCCUGUGCCUGGGAUCCAGCCUAAAGGUGCUAAAGAAGUACCAUUGUUUGUGGGGAAUGAAUAGACCUGCAAGUCGA